CGGGCGGCGCGUUGCCAUAACGACCCAGGCCGGGGGAGACGCGGCGCGAGCUGCAGGCGGAACUGGAGGCUGCGACCCCCGGCCUUGCAGAAGCAGCCACCAUGCCAGUCUCUAAAUGCCCAAAAAAGUCGGAGCCACUGUGGAAAGGGUGGGACCAGAAGGCCCAGAAGAACGGACUGCGGCACCAGGUGUUUGCUGUGAAUGGUGACCACUAUGUGGGCGAGUGGAAUGACAACAUGAAACACGGGAAAGGAACACAGGUCUGGAAGAAGAAAGGAGCCAUCUAUGAGGGAGACUGGAAGUUUGGGAAGCGGGAUGGCUAUGGCACGCUCAGCCUUCCUGACCAAGAGACCGGAAAGUACAAGAAAGUCUACUCAGGGUGGUGGAAAGACGAUAAGAAAUCGGGCUAUGGGAUCCAGUUUUUCGGACCCAAGGAGUAUUACGAGGGUGAGUGGUGUGGCAGCCAGCGCAGCGGGUGGGGCCGCAUGUACUACAGCAACGGUGACAUCUACGAGGGCCAGUGGUGGAACGACAAGCCUCACAGGGAGGGCAUGUUGCGUCUGAAGAACGGGAACCGCUAUGAGGGCUACUGGAAGCGAGGCAUGAAGAACGGGUCGGGACGUUUCUUCCACCUGGACCACGGGCAGCUGUUUGAAGGCUUCUGGGUGGACGAUGUGCCCAAGUGCGGCACGAUGAUUGACUUUGGCCGUGAUGAGGCCCCUGAGCCCACCCAGUUCCCCAUUCCUGAGGUCAAAAUUCUAGACCCUGACCGUGUGCUGCAGGAAGCCUUGGCCAUGUUCAAGAAGACAGAGGAAGAAGGAGAUUGAUGCUGGGCGAGGGGGUGGGCACACCUGCCAGCCUGUGACAUGGCUGAGGCAGCUCCAGGGCCCAGAACAACAUCUAGAUCUCUUGUGGUCUCCAAAGGGCUCAAGGGCAGGACCAGAGAGGUCAGGUUUCUUGUCUCCAACAAGCCAGUUAGUUGGUCCUUUUUGGUUCCUCCCCCUUCAAAACCCGCUUCACCGAAGACCAGUGCACUCUAGUCCUGCCCCAAACUUCCUGUUUGCACCCUGGGCCGACUGGCAUGAGCCUGGGUUAGAGUGAGGUGGUCUGCUCACCCCUGAUGCCCUUGUAAGGUGGUCAGCCCCAGGCCUCCAUUUGCACAUCCUUCCAGUGGGGUACAGUCCUAGCCCCUUCUGGGGUGGGCAUAAGUGAGGGUUUGAGGAGAAGGCACUGGUACUGAGCCUUUCAGAUGCCACGGUCUCCCUCACCCCUGCAGAGAGAACACCAAAGUUUCAGGAGAAACACAAGCCCAUGUCACCCAACCGCUCAGACCGGUGCGGCUCCCGAGGGAGGAAUGAGCAGUAGCUCUAGGCACACCCUUGGCACCCUCAGAGGGUACCUCACUCCCCGAGCGCUGGAUCAUUCUUGGCCAACAGAGGGGCCAGUGCUUCUCUCCCCAGCUGGCCUCAGGGACCCUCUUGCUGUGGCCUUAGUCCUGUGAUCUCAUCCCGGAGUGCAUGAGAAUAAAGGAGAACCAGGUGACGUGAGCCUGAGGCUGUUAGUGUGAGGAGGGGUGGGAGGGACCCAGAAGGGAUGGAAGGUGAAGAGGGAAGACCCCCACCCCCCACCCCCGGGCUGUCUGGGCUCAUCUUGGGCGACAAAGGGCAGAUCUCUGACCUCUGAGACAGUCUGGAGAGGAGAAAGAGCCUGCAUUCCGCCACACUGGCCGCCAAGAUUUGAGAUUAAAACUUCCUGACCUGGCUUUUCAACCUAACACAUGGGCUUUCAACCUUGGAAUCCUGUGGAAGCCUUAAAAGCUUUAAGAGCCCAGGUCCCCAAGAUUCCCACCUAAUUCACCUGGGGCGAAGCCUGGGCUGUCACAAAGUGUCCCAGGUGAUUCUGGCGCGGAGCUGGGGCCAAGGACCCCUGAUUUUCUGGAUGUGUGACCCUAAGCAGGUGACCUCCAUUGUCCCGUCUGCAAAACGGGACUCAGGAGAGCUCACAGGUGUAUUCUGAGGCUCUGAUAACAUGUAACAAUGAGGAGUAAUACGUAUUGAGGCCAAUCGCGGAGCAGACAUGCAGGAAGAGCUCCACAACAUUCCCGAGACAAGGGCUUUUCCUGCACGGGUAGGAGGCAGGCUCUGGGCGGACUGCCUGGGUGUGAAUCCCAGAGCUGUGUGUUCUUGGGAAUGUCACCCAAACUCUGUUCUCUGGGUUUCCUUACUUGUGCUGUGGGACAGUAACAAUACCUACCACCUGGGGUUACUGUGGCUAGGUGCUGUGAGGAUGAAUAAGGCAGGGUUCUAAACUGGGGGUGAUGGCUUCCCCACCCUCACCCCCCACUGUCCUUGGGACAUUUGGCAAUGUCUGACACUUUUGGUUGUCCCAACUGGCAGGUAAGAAUGCUACUGGUAUCAAGUGAGUAGAGGCCAGGGAUGCUGCUAAACAUGCUAUUAAUACAACACAAAGAUGCUACAAAAUAACUAUUCGGUUCAAAGUCAAAAGUGUUGAGGUUGAGAAACCCUGAAAUACAGUGAUGUUCAUGAAGACUUCAGCAAGUCCCUGGCACAAAGUCUCAAUAGAUGCUCAUUUACUUUACAGAGAUUCUUUCUGCCCCCUAAAUUUUAAGUGGGGUGGCCUCACCAAGGGUGUGGUUCUUAGUCUGUACCUCUGGUACCAGGAAGCCAAGCCUGGCCACCUGGGAUGCAGAAUGAACAGUGAUCCCAGAUACGGAGUGCUUACUCUGUGCCAGGCCCUGUGCUGAUGGCUUCGCAAGCCUUCUCUCCUGCAACUCCCCAAUAACCUGUAAGGUGUCCUGCUAUUUUUGCUGCCAUUUUAGAGGAGGAAACUGAGGUUCAGAGAAGUUCCCAAGUCACCAAGCUAGUACUGUGCUUACACUUAGGUCUGUGUGAUUUUAGGAUGCAGAGUGUGUGUACAGAGGCUCACCUAUAGAGGGUUACCAUUUUUUAAGAAAAAGUAGGGGGAUAGUGUGCUUGUUUAUAUAUAAAAUAUGGAUGGGAACACAAUAAACUGGCAACAAUGGUUGUCUCUGUGUAGAACUGGGGACCUGGGAACAAAGGUGAGAGAGUAACUUUUCACUGUUUUGUUUGGAACUAAGUGAAUGUAUUACCUAUUCAAGGGAUAAAUAAAACUGAAGUUAAAGA